GGCAACUCGCGUUAGCGUUUCGCGCAUGCGCAGCAGCGAGCCGGUCGGCAUAAAUAAAUAAAUAUAGAUAAAUCGCACCAAAACGCGAUUUUAACCACUUUAAAGUUUAGGGAUGGAAAAACGGAAUAGCCUAUUCCCACCGCGGGGCCUGGGGCGUGCCGCCCGGCAAAUUUUUUUUCUACGCGAUCCCCACGGUCCGAGAGCCAAAUCCCCCGCAAGCCAGCGUACGCAGACGGACGGACAGACAAAAAAUGCCUUUUAUAGGUUAGAAGAAGAUAUGCAGGCUGUAUACUACUUAGGAUCAUAUUACACAAUGCGACUUCAUGUGUUAGAUCUCAUAAUCGAAUUAGACUUGCACCUGGAUGACGUUGGGAUGGGUGACUACUUGUGUAAUAGAUAUCAUAGGCUAAUGUUUAACGAUGUGGCUGGAGAGGGCAGAAUGCCACGUACCUUUAUUGUUCUGUAUUUCCAUGCUCCCACGUCUAAACAAUCUACAUUAUGUCAACGUCCAUCCCUUGCUUUUCUUUCAAAGUGACACCGAAACCCCCGGUAGAGGAAAAGCCAACAAAGCCAGCUCCUGAAGAGAGUGGCGCUCCUCCUCCAGAGCCAACUGGAUCGAAGGACAAGACACCCCCACCUCCAACCUCCAGCAGCAAGGAGCCAGAACCAUCACCCCCAACUCCAGGCCCAGAAGACUGUACUCCAGGCUGGUCUGACUGGUACCAUGAGCAAUAUCCUGAUGAAGAAAAUGGCGGAGAUGAGGAAUCUUACCAGAAGGUCAUAGCCUCAGGGAAAGUGGUUUGUCUGCCUGACUCACCGGUGCAAAACAUUGAAUGCAAAGCCGAGAGAUUCCCCAAUACCCCAUGGCAGAUAUUGGGCCAGACAAUAACUUGUGACAAGAAUAAAGGACUGAAAUGUGUCAAUGAGGAUCAAGGAGGACUGCCAUGUUACAACUACAAGGUCAGAUUCUGCUGCUCCACAGCAGGUGGACCCCCUGCACCAACUCCAUCUAAAGCAAGCCCAGAACCAACUGCAUCGAAGGACAAGACACCCCCACCUCCAACCUCCGGCAUCAAUGAGCCAGAACCAUCACCUCCAGAAGGGCCAGUGACACCGAAACCCCCGGUAGAGGAAAAGCCAACAAAGCCAGCUCCUGAAGAGAGUGGCGCUCCUCCUCCAGAGCCAACUGGAUCGAAGGACAAGACACCCCCACCUCCAACCUCCAGCAGCAAGGAGCCAGAACCAUCACUCCCAACUCCAGGCCCAGGUACCAUGGUGGAAUUAGUUGCAACAUCACAUGUGGAUAAUAUUUUACAUACAAUCACAUGUUCAGUCAAAGCAACCAUAUGUUCUGGUUGUGCCGGGACAUUCCCGGUUUCAAAAAGGCUAUGCUAGUGUCCUGAAGCAUUUUAAAUGUGGGCUUUUGUCCUACUUUACAGUGUUCUGGUCCCAAACUUGGCUUAUUUAC